GCACGAAUAUUCGGAAGGUCCCGCCCUUGCCGCCAUGUCUGAGUCCUGUGUUGUUGAGAAGGCCUGUGAUGCUGGGGUCUGCACUCUGUCUCCUCUGUUUUUAGAACUAUUAGGAAAAACACCUGGAUGCAUGUAAAAGAGGAAAUGGAGCCUGUGACCUUUGAGGAUGUGGCUGUGAACUUCAGCCCAGAAGAGUGGGCUUUGUUGGAUUUCAGUCAAAAGAAGCUCUACCGAGAUGUGAUGACAGAAACAUUUAUGAACCUGAUCUCCAUAGGGAAAACAGAAGAAAACAUUGAAGAGGACUAUGUAAUUACCAGAAAAAAUCUCAGAACUCAGAUGAUUGAGAGAGACUGUCAAUAUGAAGAUGGUUGUGAGUGUGGAGAAGCCCACCACCAGAUUCCAGCAUAUGCUGCUAGUGAGGACCUGCCUUCUGCAACAGCCGUGUACGAAAGCAGUGUGUGUGCAGGAGGCGUCAGCGCUCACUUACCGUCCGAUCUGAAUCUCACUGGGAAACAUGGAGAGCAGCCACUUGAGGAUAAGGGACGUGUGCACGUAGCUUUUCAACAUGAGGGACGUUAUGCAGAUUUCACCUCUUCUGAGUCCUUUCAGGUACUUGAAAGUCCUAGACAGAUAGUUUAUAAAGAGAAACACUCUAAUGCAGCCUAUAGGAGUCUCAAUUCUGAUCAAAAUUAUACGAGAACUUAUAAUGAAAGUACAUGUUACAAAUAUAAUCAGUUUGAAAAAACCAUCAGGAGAUACUUUCCACUAUAUGAAGGAAUCCACACUCGAGUAAAACAAUUUUUGUGUAAGAAAUGUGGAGAAACCUUUACUAAUCUCAGUCAACUUGUCUACCAUGAGAGAAUUCAUACUGGAGAGGAAUGUUAUGUGUGUAAUCAGUGUGGAAAGGCAUUUAGACACUAUUCAUACCUUCAGAAACAUGAAAAAAUUCACAGUGGAGAUACACCUUAUACGUGUAAGCAAUGCGGCAAAGCAUUCAUUCGUUCAUCACACCUUCUUGUCCAUGAAAGAAUUCACACCGGAGAGAAGCCUUAUGCAUGUAAGCAUUGUGGGAAAGCAUUCAGCCAUCACAGUGCCUGUUACAGACAUGAAAUAAUUCACACUGAAGAGAAACCCUAUGUCUGCAAGCAGUGUGGAAAAGCCUUUACUUGCUCUACAUCCCUUCGGAACCAUGAAAGAAUUCACACUGGAGAAAAACCUUAUGCAUGUAAGCAGUGUGGCAAAUCCUUUAUCCAACGUGAUGCUUGUUAUAACCAUGAAAGAACUCACACUGGAGAAAAGCCGUAUGUAUGUAAGCAGUGUGGGAAGGCAUUUACCUGGUCCACAUGCCUACGCAACCAUGAAAGAACUCACACUGGAGAGAAACCUUACACAUGCAAGCAUUGUGGGAAAGCCUUCACCCAUUCCAGUACCCGCUACAGUCAUGAAAGAAUUCAUACUGGAGAGAAGCCAUAUGUAUGUAAAAAGUGUGGGAAGGCAUUCAUUCACUCAAGUCAUCUCAUCAGCCAUGAAAAGAUCCACACUGGGGAGAAACCGUACCCAUGCAAACAUUGUGGGAAAGCUUUCAUUCAGCGCAAGGCUUGUUAUAAUCAUGAAAGAACGCACACUGGAGAGAAACCGUAUGUAUGUAAACAUUGUGAAAAAGCAUUUAGGUGUACCACAUACCUUCGCAACCAUGAAAGAACUCACACUGGAGAGAAACCUUAUAUAUGCAAGCAUUGCGGAAAAGCCUUUACACAUCAGAGUGCCCGUUACCGUCAUGAACGAAUUCACACUGGAGAGAAACCCUACGUAUGUAAAAAAUGUGGGAAAGCGUUCAGUGAUUGCAGCUAUCUUGUGAAGCAUGAAAAAAUCCAUUGGAGAGAAACCUUACACAUGUAAGAAGAGAGAAGCUUUUAUGUUUUCCACAUUCCUUUAUGUACAUGAAAGAGCGGACAGAAAAGAA